AUGGUGAGAGACUGUAUGGCAAAAUUCUUAUCACAAACUCAGAUUGAUGAGUUCAAAGAAUGUUUCUCCCUUUAUGAUAAGAAACGAAAGGGGAAGAUUGAUGCCAAAGACCUUAUCACGGUUAUGCGCUGCCUGGGUACAAGUCCAACUUAUAGUGAAGUGGACAGACAUCUACAAGUCCACAAAAUAGAUAAGACAGGGGAGCUGGACUUUUCCACCUUUCUAACCAUGAUUCACAGACAGAUGCAGCAGGAGGAUUCUAAGACUGAAAUUCUGCAGGCUAUGCGUAUGACAGACAAACACAAGAAGGGUUACAUUCUGGACUAUGAGCUGCGGGCCAAACUCACUGGCCUGGGAGAAAAGCUCACUGAUAAAGAGGUUGAUGAUCUUUUUAAGGAGGCUAAUGUCGGGCCUGAUGGACGUAUUCAUUAUGAGGAGUUCACCAGAAUGGUCACACUUCCUACAGUGGACUACUAA